CACUCACAGGCUCAAUUCAGCAUCGACGCCAUCACCUGGACCGCUUCACCACACCCAGCGCCAGCAAAUCCAUCAACGCAACCCACAACCACAGCUCGAACACCACACCACACCGCAAUCAUGGGUAAGGUGCACGGCUCUCUCGCCCGUGCCGGAAAGGUCAAGUCGCAGACUCCAAAGGUCGAGCCACAAGAGAAGAAGAAGGUCCCCAAGGGCCGCGCGAAGAAGCGCAUCCAAUACACCCGCCGUUUCGUCAACGUCACCAUGACCGGCGGCAAGAGGAAGAUGAACCCAAACCCAACCUCAUAAACGCCUCGUAACCCAACAUCAACCUUUCACGAACCGACAAUGAAAACGAGAGAAUAAGCCGACAGCCACAGACGAACGACCAGACGGCCGACGGACCACGGCGUGGAGGAAGCUUUUUUUGCGUGAAAGGUUGUGGUUGCAAGUGCGAAUUUGAGGAAGGAGAAAGGGGAACGAGUCACAGAACAUAACAAAAUAACGAUGUGUUUUUUUGCUAUCGGGCAUUUGAUGGGACUAUUCGGCGUUAGUACUACUCGUAUGGGGUCGGAUGUCUCGAGAGUGUGUACGGUCCAUCUUUUUGCUCUCUCUCUCAUGGGACGAAGGAUGACUGUAUGCCUUGAAGAAGGAAGUCGGCUGUUAACAUGAAAACGAUACAGGAGGCUUCUGGGAGUUCUGUGUACUGUUUCUCACAGUAGAUCCGAAUUGCACGAGCUUCUCACGGA